AUGGCUGAGUCCUUUGUUUCGAUUCUGAUACACAAUCUUAGGUAUCUACUCGAAGAAGAGAUCGGAGUGAUCAUGGGCGUAGACAAAGAGAUGAAGAAGCUGCAAAGCACUCUCACCACAAUCCAAUCAGUCCUUGAAGACGCAGAAGCCAAACAGUUCCACAACAAAUCCAUCCACAACUGGCUCACCAAGCUCAAUGCCGCGGCUUUCGACAUUGAGGACAUACUCGAUGAAUGCAGCACUGAGGCUUCCAAGCUGCCCACCAAAUUCAACCUCAAGAAGAUCCUAUUUAGCCGCAAGAUGGGGAGAAGAAUCAAAGACAUGACUCACAGACUCGAUCAUCUCGCUGCAGAGAGGAACAACUUCCAUUUGUCUGAGAUUGUCGUGCCUCAGGAGGUCGACUGCAGACGCGAGUCAGGAUCGGUUUUGAUUGAGGGUGAUCAUAUUUAUGGAAGAGAUGAAGACAGAGAGAGCAUUGUGGAGGUGUUGCUGAACCAAGAAUCCAAGCUCUCUGUCUUGCCAAUCGUUGGCAUAGGAGGCCUUGGGAAGACAACGCUUGCUCAGUUAGUCUUCAACGACGAGAGAGUGACUUGUCAUUUUGAAGAUAAAUUGUGGGUUUGUGUUUCUGGUAACUUCUGUAUCAAGUUCUUGAUUGAGGCCAUGAUACAGUCCACCACCGGAAGCGCUUCAAAUCUGGUGAAGCUAGACGCGCUGCAGAGCCGCAUCCGUGAGGUUUUGAAUGGGAGGAGGUACCUAUUGGUGUUGGAUGAUGUGUGGAGUGACAAUCAAGAAGACUGGGCUAAGCUUAGAAGCAUUCUGGACUGUGGUUCCAAUGGUGCUUCGAUUGUUGUCACCACACGUUUGAGGAAAGUGGCAGAAGCAAUGGGAACGCUUCCGCCAUUUUCCCUGAAAGGGUUGUCCGAGGAGGACCUCUGGUCGCUGUUUAAGUUAAGAGCGUUUGGGCAAGAGCAAGGGAGCGAGGCCUUUCCCGGAUUGGAAACUAUAGGGAGGCAAAUAGUGAGAAAGUGUGGCGGAGUUCCUCUGGCGGCCAAGGCGCUAGGAGGCCUUCUCCGGUUUAAGAGGAGAGAAAAGGAAUGGAUUCAUGUCAGGGAGAGUGAGAUAUGGGAAGAAGAAACCAUGAUCAUGCCGGCUCUAAGGCUGAGCUACCAUCACCUCCCUCUACAAAUGAGGCAAUGUUUCGCUUAUUGUGCGGUCUUUCCUAAAGAUUACGAGAUUGAGAAACAAGAUUUGAUCUUCCAUUGGAUCUCUCUCGGAUGCAUCAAGCCAAACGGAGAAGAGGAGGUUGAAGACGUUGGUGAACGGAUAUGGAAUGAAUUGGCUUUGAGAUCCUUCUUCCAUCAAGUCACUUCACAAGGAACUACCAAGGAACUAUUUACAUCAACGACAACAACACUAGAAAUAUUAACAACGACAAUUACAACAACAGCGAAGAUGCACGAUCUUGUUCAUGAUCUAGCUCAGUCGAUAUUGGAGAACAAAGUCCCUGGAUCAAGCUCAAAUGCAUCAAAUAACAAAGUGAGAAAGGUACAUUUCACUAAACAUUCCUGGGAAAAUGGUUGUUCUAGUAUUUCAUUGAACGUGCCAACACUGUCCACAACUAUGAGCUAUCCUCGAUUGAGAAUUCUAAAGCUAAAUUGGGCAAGAGUAGAAACCCUACCAAAGGCAAUAGCCAAAUUGAAACACUUGCGCUAUCUUGAUCUAACAAGCUCCCACAUUCGCAUUCUCCCUUCUACUUUCUGCAACCUUUGGAAUCUGCAAAUUCUCAUCAUAAAUGAUUGCAUCCUUCUGGAAGCUUUGCCAAAGAACAUCAAAUACAUGACGAAUCUUCGUCAUGUAUUCCUAGAUGGAUGCCCCAAGCUGAGUGACAUGCCUUGCGGAAUCAAGGAAUUGACUCAUCUAAAGACGCUCACUCUGUUCAUAGUCGGUAACAAAGCAGGAAAUCAGCUCGAUCAAUUGCAGCUGUUGAAGAUCGGAGGAAGGCUUGAAAUCCGACAUCUGGAGAGAGCAAAGAGCGAAUUGACGAGAGCAAAGCUAGUUGAGAAGCCAAACCUAGCUCAUCUAAUCCUCAAUUGGGAAGGCGAAUCUGCGGAGGCAAUGGAUGAGAAGGUUCUGGAAGGCUUGGAACCUCACCCAAAUCUCGAGUGUUUGCAAAUAAGCGGCUUCAAAGGAAGGUACGCUCCAGUUUGGAUGAAGAAGAUGGAGAAUUUGAGUCUAGUGAAUAUGAGAUUUUGCAGAAAUUUGUCGCGUCUGCCAUUAAUCGGUAAUCUGCCUCGUCUAAAAUCUCUGUAUCUAUGGGGCAUUGAUGCGUUGGAGUAUAUAGUGGAUGAAAAUGGAAGUCGGAAUUCGAAAUUUGCGUCGUUAGAGCGGCUGAGGAUUGCGAAUUUGCCGAAUCUGAGGGGAGUGGUGGAGGGAGAUGCGGCGGUGGAGGUGUUCCAGAAUGUUCGAGAGCUGUACAUAAAGGAUUGCAAUUUGCGUGAUCUGGAUCUGCAUCUGCCGUCGCUGCGAUCGCUCAGAUUGUGGAACCUGUGUGAGCUGAGUGCGCUGCCGCGGGAGGUGGCGUCGCUGGCGGAGUUGGUGAUUCGGCAGUGCCCGAAGCUGGAGGCGCUGCCGCCGUCGCGGAUGCCGAAGCUGGCGUCGCUUGCGAUAUUCGACUGCCCGAAGCUGGCGGCGCGAUGUGUGAAAGAGGAGGGUGAGGAGUGGGAGAAGAUUGCCCACAUUCCCCAUCUCUUGAUUAGGUGACGUUUCAACGCGGCAAAUGAAUCUUGAGAGGAGGGAAUGGAGAUGGUGGAGAUGGUUGUACGUACCGAAUCCGUCUUUGGUGGAUUCCGAUUUAUCUGCUCAAUCGGAUUUGCAGAUUAAGGCUGAAAAUCUCCAAUGGAUGGUGGGAUUUAAACUGUGAACUCAAGAUCACUACAGCUCCGCGUUAUCAACUGCUAAGUGACCCGUUGGUCCAUUCAUUUAAUUAUAUUGAUAAUUUUUGUUACUCCAUAUAGAGUAGUAUGUUAUAUACUGUGGUGUUCUAAAA